AUGGAUCCCCAACAGAGUUCAGCUGGCAAGGGUGCAGCGUAUCCAACAAAGUAUCGUCGAAACCAACCACGUUCCAAGAACGGAUGUCUUACUUGUCGAAGCAAACGCAAGAAGUGUGACGAGAUAAAACCUCGUUGCACCUCUUGUAUUAAAUCCAAUCAAACAUGUGUUUGGCCAAGCAAAGAUGAACAAGAAUCACAGAACAGCUCAGCCGCUAGCACGUCGGAUUCAAGUCCCCCCAGCAUGGACAAGUUGAACAGGAAAGCCAACAAAUCUGAGGCAAAACGGCCAGUCACAGAUGCUCAAACAUCAAUUACAGAUCUCAACCUUGCCAUGGAGUCAUUAUCAACCUCAUCAGAUGCACAGGUCUUCCAAAGAUUUUUCUUUGACUGGGCAACAUCAGGAAAUAUAUCUGGAGGCUAUACAAUGAGUUGGUUUGCGAACUUGUUCAAAAUCUACACCAACGCGAGCGUGGACAGUCUCAUUCACAAAUCUAUCAACGCUGUGGCCAACGCAAGUUAUGGCCAACGAUUCAAUUCUCCUGACGCAUUGAACAAAGCGAGAACAUGGUACGGUAAAGCAAUCCAGAUGUUAAAAGUCAAACUGCUUUGCACUGACGAUUCCUCUUCAUAUUGUGAUGUCGUGUCGGCUAUUACUCUACUGGGGAUUUAUGAGGGCUUGAUGCAUGAAUCUAUUGCGCUCGAAGGUUCCUGUGAAUCUCACAUGAGUGGUGCCUCCACCUUGCUAAGUAUUCGUGGACAAGACAAGAUCAUCGAAUCUCCGGCAGAGUUUGAAGUUUCAGCAGUUUGUUUCUUGCAAAUGCUUUACAGCACGUUCCUCAAUGGUCAAACUCUUCCUAUCUCAUGGACAUCAGUGAACAAGUUGGCAUUACCAAAAUUGCCAGACUUUUACGCUCACAUACAACUCAUUUAUGAAGCUGCAUGCCAGUUUGCUGAGUGGAGAACCGCUUUACUUGAUUACGAAUCUGAUAAGGGUUUGAAGAGAUUAUCAGAUGUAGCAAGCCGGGCCGCGAUGUUGGACAGGCGCUUUGAAGAAUGGUCUCAAACUGCGCCUCCAUCCUUGAGCUACACGACAGAACCACUACCCGCCGGGCCAUACCCUGAAUGGUUGCAACCACUUAUCAACAACCCGUGGAGACCCCUCAACUAUCACACAUACCCAACACUGAUGGUGCAAAUACUCUGGAGAUUCUACUGGCUUUCUCGAAGUAUCAUCAACCAGGCACUUUUAUACACGUAUGACAUCCUCCAAGAAAGGAAAGAAACGAUCGAUCCGAGUUUUCCCCGCCGAACAGACAUUGAGGACAGUAUUUUGUCAUUUACUGAUAUGAUACGCGAAUCAUGCAUAUCGACGUUUGUCGGUGUUUGCAAAGACAAUCCGCAGAUGGAGGCUGAACAAGUACCAACUCUCUUAGGCUAUCUCAUUUUGCAAGUUCUGCCAGCACUCGGACUAUUCUAUGAGCAAAUUACUUUCACUACUGUUGAUAUCAUGGGAAGGAGAGAGUGGGCAGCUAAGAUGAGACACUUCCUUCGGGUUAAUUUUGGUAUAGCGAAGGGUAUUACUGCGAUUCCCCCUUCCCAUGUUGGAAAGAUUCCGAUUCAAACUUGGGGUCUGCCAGAUGAGCUCCCCCGUUAUAGCAAAUAA